GUGCUGGGGGUGAGGCUGCAGCUCGGGAGCUCACGGUGCGUUUGAACAGUGGGUGCUAGCCUCUGUGCCUCAGUUUCCCUUUUGUUCAGCACCGUUCCUCUCAUGGGGGUAUGCUGUGGUGAUGGGCUCUGCACAAGUGCCAGAUGGUUGUGACCACCAGUAGAUGACCGGCACAAGGCUGGCUGAAGCCACUGGGCUUUGCCCCAUGGGUCCCCUCCCAUCUCCCAGUGGUGAGUGGGAUGAGUUUAGGAGCUGCGUUUCCUUCUGGGCCAUGGCAGUUUCUCCUCAGUUGGAUUGAGGAGCGGUGGCUGCAGCUCAUCCCUGGCAGGAGCAGAAGAUGCAGGAGGCUGUGUAGCAGGUUUGUGAGCAGCUGCUGACUUCUCAGCCCCGCCGGGUCUGGCUGCGCACGACGGUACCAUGAACUGAGCACCAAGCCACGCAAAACUUUUUUUUUUUGUUUUGGCUUUUUUGGGUUUGUUUUCCAUCCGAGAAAAAAGCCCCCCACGCUGUUUAAUGAAAGCAUUUUAAAGCGGGGUUAGCUCUCCCCUCCCCUGAGUCGAAGUCGUCCCGGGUGUGGAGAGGAUUUCCGGAGAAGAUGGGGAGAAAAAAGAUCCAGAUCCAGCGGAUCACGGAUGAGCGCAAUCGGCAGGUGACCUUCACCAAGCGCAAGUUCGGCUUGAUGAAGAAAGCCUACGAGCUGAGUGUCCUGUGCGACUGUGAGAUUGCCCUCAUCAUCUUCAACCACUCCAACAAGCUGUUCCAGUAUGCCAGCACCGACAUGGACAAGGUGCUGCUCAAGUACACCGAGUACAACGAGCCCCAUGAGAGCAGGACCAACGCAGACAUCAUCGAGACGUUAAGAAAGAAAGGUUUUAACGGCUGUGACAGCCCAGAGCCCGACGGUGACGACUCCAUAGACCAGAGCCCCUUGAUGGAGGAUAAAUACCGCAAAGGCAGCGAGGAUCUGGAUAUCCUGUUCAAGCGAUACGGUGCGCUGAACAAGAAGCACAGGGAGUGCGAGAGCCCGGAAGGGGAUGAAGUGUUUGCGCUGACCCCGCAGACGGAAGAAAAAUAUAAAAAGAUUGAUGAGGAGUUUGAUAAAAUGAUGCAGAGUUACCGGCUCGCAUCCACAGUGCCCGCUCCGAACUUCGCCAUGCCCGUGACGGUGCCGGUGACCAACCAAAACACGCUGCAGUUCAGCAACCCAGGCAGCUCCCUGGUGACCCAGUCCCUGGUGACCUCCUCGCUGACAGACCCCCGGCUCCUGUCACCGCAGCAGCCAGCACUGCAGAGGAACACGGUGUCCCCAGGGCUGCCACAGCGGCCAGCCAGUGCAGGGGCGAUGCUUGGGGGAGACCUGAACAACACGAACGGAGCCUGCCCGAGCCCCGUGGGAAACGGCUACGUGAGUGCCAGAGCCUCUCCGGGUCUCCUCCCCGUGUCCAACGGCAGCAGCCUGGGCAAGAUCAUCCCGGCCAAGUCGCCGCCGCCGCCCUCGCACGGCACGCAGCUCGCCGCCAACAGCCGCAAGCCGGACCUGCGCGUGAUCACCUCGCAGAGCGGGAAGGGGCUGAUGCACCAUCUGACUGAGGACCACUUGGCUCUGCAAAACACACAGCGGUUGGGUGUCUCUCAAGCAACUCACUCUCUGACCACACCAGUUGUUUCCGUGGCAACUCCGAGCUUGCUGACACAGGGGCUGCCCUUCUCAGCCAUGCCCACGGCGUACAACACAGAUUAUCAGCUGACGAGCGCUGAGCUGUCCUCACUGCCAGCAUUCAGCUCACCUGGAGGGCUGUCCCUUGGCAACAUCUCUGCCUGGCAGCAGCAGCAGCAGCAGCAACAGCAGCAGCAGCAACAGCAGCAGCAACAGCAGCAGCAGCAGCAGCAACAACAGCAACAGCAGCAGCAGCCACAGCAGCAGCCGCAGCAGCAGCACCUGGUCCCAGUGUCACUAGGAAACUUAAUACAAGGGAGUCACUUGUCCCACACCACCACUUUGACUGUCAACACCAACCCCAACAUCAGCAUCAAGUCGGAGCCCGUCUCGCCCAACCGGGAGAGGAACACUGCCACCCCGCUCAGCACCUUCCCCCACCAGCCCCGGCACGAGCCCACCGGCCGCUCGCCCGUCGACAGCCUCAGCAGCAACACCAGCUCCUACGAGGGCAGCAGCGAGCGGGACGAUCCCGCCCGCCCCGAUUUCGGCUCAUCCCUGGGGCUCCUGCGGCCCAGCAGCGAGCCCGAGGGGGAGAGCCCCUCGGUGAAGCGCAUGCGGUUGGAUACCUGGGUCACAUAACGGGCCCCGCCGGCCCCGGGAGCUCCAGCAGGGCCGCGGAGAGGGGCUGGGAGGGGCGGG